AUGUCUCCCACUCCAGCUUGGGUGAAGCAAUUGACCCCGUCCGGGCCUCAGGGUCAUGAGCUGUUGAAACAGGAGCGUGAGAAGUCGAAUGUUCCCGUCGACAAGCUAUCCGCGUUCCUGUUUACCAAGGAAGUCCUCGAACGGAAGCGCAGAGUCCUGAAGGUCCUGCAAUCCGAGGAGGUCUUCGACAAGUCCCAGAACUACUUUGCAGGGCGUGUGGACCGAUUCGAGACUGCAUUGGCUAGGGCAAAGAAGCUCCGCCAGCUGACGGUCAAGCACAAAUGGUCUCAGGAAGACUUCCGCGCGGCCACUGAGCUCAUCAGUGAGCCUGGUCCGUAUGGACUCCACGAGAGCAUGUUUCUGAUUACCACACGGGACCAGAGUACACCGGAGCAGAGGGAAAGGUUUUGGAAGCCGGCAGACAACUAUGAAAUCAUCGGGUGUUAUGCGCAGACCGAGCUAGGUCACGGUUCGAACGUGCGUGGUCUUGAGACGACCGCUACCUGGAACUCGGACGACAAGACCUUUACCAUCCAUUCGCCCCAUCUGACUGCUUCAAAGUGGUGGAUCGGAUCACUUGGUCGAACAGCCAAUCACGCGGUGGUUAUGGCCCAGCUCAUCAUCGACGGAAAGCCCUACGGACCGCAUCCCUUCGUCGUGCAGAUUCGAGACCUGAAAACCCACGAGCCGCUGGAGAACAUCCAUGUCGGCGACAUCGGCCCAAAGUUCGGGUACAACACCAUGGACAACGGAUUCCUCCUCUUCAACCAGGUCAAAAUCCCGCACAUCAACAUGCUCGCCCGGUUCUCCGCCGUCGAUCCAAAGACGAACAAAUACGUCCGGCCUGCCAACCCUGCGCUCGUCUACGGCACCCUAACCUGGGUGCGCAGUACGAUUGUGCUCCAAGCCGGCGGCGUUCUCGCGCGAGGCGUGACGAUCGCGACCCGCUACUGCGCCGUCCGCCGCCAGUUCCAGGAUCGCGACGCGAAAGAGGGGGAGAAGGGCGAGACCCAAGUGCUCAACUACACCAUGGUGCAGAUCCGGCUGUUGACGCUGCUGGCGGCGACCUUCGCGCUGCACUUCACCGGCAAGGGUAUGAUGGGGCUGUACGAGGAGAACCAGAAGAAGAUGUCGGCGGACGCCGGGCAGGCUGCGGACACGAAGCGUGGUGCGGGCCCUGAGGAGACGCAUUCGGGCAGCGACCUCCUCGCCGAUCUGCACGCUACGUCGUGCGGGCUGAAGAGUCUAGCGAGCACCACCGCGGCCGAGGGUCUCGAGGUCUGCCGCCGAGCGUGCGGCGGGCAUGGCUACAGCAACUUCAGCGGCAUCGGGCCGUGGUACUCCGACUACCUCCCCACGACGACAUGGGAAGGCGACAACUACAUGCUGACGCAGCAGGUCGCCCGCUACCUCCUCAAAUCUGCCCGCUCCGUCCUCAAAGGCAACAAGCCCACCAACGACACGACCCGCAUCCUGGCCCAUUUCCUGCGCAAAUCCGACAUCGGCGCCGCCUUCGACGUGCUCGGCCGGGACCAAGACCUCGUCUCCGCCUUCGCAUGGCGCACCGCCUUCCUAACCUUCGAGGCGCUCAAACACCGUGACGAGCAGAAGAAGGCCUGGAACGACCUCCUCGUCGACUUCUACCGCCUCUCAAAGGCGCACUCGCAGUACCUCGUCGUCAAGAACUUCUUCGAGGCCCUCGAGGCCCCCGCCACGCACAAUGAGCUCGACCCCGAGACCCUCGGGCUCCUGUACAAGCUGUUCCGCCUGUACGCGCUGCACACGCUCGAGCAAGAGGCCUCGGAGUUCUUCUCGAGCUCUGCGUGCACGGUGCGCCAGAUCACGUUGGCGCGCAACAACGCCGUCAUGAAGCUCCUGGAAGAAAUUAGGCCGCACGCGGUCAGGCUGGUAGAUAGCUGGGACUUCCCGGAUUGGCAGCUCGAUAGCAGUCUGGGCAGGUUCGACGGGAAAGUGUACGAGGACAUGUUUUAUAGGGCGAGUGAGCUGAAUCCGCUGAACAAGAUUACGGUGGACCCGUAUCCGGAUAGUCCGGUGCUGUUUAAGAGGGAUGAGAGGGAAAGGUUGAAUAGUAAAUUGUAA